CGAUACGGUCGCUCGCCUGAUUCCGCGUCGGUUAGCGUCCGUAAACGCGUCCCGACGCCGGUUUUCUUUACAUUUAUUUUUCGUUCCCUUUAAUACCCCUACACCGAAACUCCCCGAAUAUUUCUAGAGCCCCUGCUUUUUAAGACGAAAGUAGAUUAUUUAAUUUUUUUUUUUUAAUUAUUUUAUUAUUUGAUAAUUGAUAAAUAAAGGCGGAUUAUGAUUUAAUCCCAAAUGACAUAAACAAUUUAUAAAUAAAGGCAUGACACCGGUGUGCGUGGUUUAUAUACCUUCCGUUCGGUAUUAAGCGAGAAAAAAAACGUGUAAUUUCUUUUGAGUGCUAAUGGAAAGUGAGUUUAAUUAAUGGAUAUGGAGUGAGUUGUUAAAAAUAUUGUGAGUUGUGAGUUGAUUCUGGAUGAAGGUGUUUCGGCUGGAAGAAGUCAGAAUGGCCCUUCCAAAGUUACCACCGCUGAGUUGUUCCCCGAAAAUGAACCAGGUGUUGGAGUGCCCCCUGGUGGACGCGGUCGCCAACAAUCUCCUGGCCCCGGUGAAGACCGAACGUCAGAUCCUGGAGAAUUCCAUGCUGGAGGAUGACCCCAAUGCGAACUGCGCAGUCGUACCUGAACGUUCCAUAAAGGAGGUGGGGCCUCGGUGGGGACCACAGCACAAGGGAGCGCAGGAGCUUGCUAACUUAUAUAGUCGAGGCAAACGGACCCAGGAAUGCAUUUGCGUGGCGAUCUGCUUAACCCUCAUGGCUGUGAAUCUCGUGUUCAUCGUAUUCCACAUCAGACUGGAAAGACUGAGCGCCAUCUUGGUGGCGGCAUUUUUCGGGAUCCUCACCGCCGAUUUUUGUUCUGGAUUCGUCCAUUGGGCCGCCGACACUUGGGGUUCGGUGGAAUUACCCAUUAUUGGAAAGAAUUUCCUCCGUCCGUUCCGCGAGCACCACAUCGAUCCGACGUCGAUAACCCGCCACGAUUUUAUCGAAACGAACGGCGAUAAUUUCAUGGUGACCAUUCCGUUUUUGGGUCGAAUGGUUUGGGACUUUCUCGCCCUUACCGAAGACGAGGUCCAGAGGAAGUUCACCUGGAACAGCUACGUGUUCCUGUUGGCUAUAUUUGUCGCAAUGACUAACCAGAUUCACAAGUGGUCUCACACCUACUUCGACCUACCCUCGUGGGUGACAUUCCUCCAGGAGCACCACGUGAUCCUGCCACGAAGACACCAUCGCAUUCACCACGUGGCGCCCCACGAAACUUAUUUCUGUAUCACCACUGGAUGGCUAAACUGGCCCUUGGAAAAGUUACGUUUCUGGAACAUUCUGGAAGUGUUAAUUGAAACGGUGACCGGAUGUAAGCCGAGGGCGGACGAUUUAAAAUGGGCGGGAAAAAGAAAAUAGUGUUACUUAUUCUUUUAGGCUUAUAGUUCAUUAUGUGGACCAGGGACUCUUUUUAUUUUGUAUACAUUUUUGCUUUGAUGUCCUCAAGAUUUCGAGAAAGUCAGUAUUUUUAUGCUAUUACUUCGCUUUAUUGCCAACCGUGCGUCGUCGAUUUUGACGUAUGACAGCUGUCACAAUCAACUCACUCUCUUUCCCUUCAAGUCCAAGUAGCGCUAACUUAAAUUAAGAGCGUGACCGGAACUGUUCUAUUAAUAUAUUGGGUGGUAAAACAUAAAUUUGACAAUGUUGCGUGACAUAUGUUAAAACUCACGGAUUGACAGAAGACCGUAAAGAUGACGGUGAAUGCCUUUCAAACUCGCACAUUCCAUUUAAGGGUUUCUGUUUAAGUAGUAUAUGGAAUUCCCAUAACGAUAUCUUUAUUUGACAGUUCAGUACUAACAGCUGACAACUGAAUAUUAAGGAAUUUGAAUAUAGACUAGAUGGCGCCAUCAUUUUCGAAGAAUUGACAAAUGACAGCUGUAAAAACGGGGGUUGUCAACCAAAUUGUCCAGAGAAUAUGUGUACCAACAUUCAAACUGGCGACCUGUCAAUUUUUUGAUUUAUGUGUCGAAUUUAUAGGCAAAAAAUUCAAUUU